GAGCCGCUCAGCUCCAAGGCCUCCCCUUCCUGGAAGCCUUCCCCACCUCCUGGGACCUGGUGAGGGGCCGCCUUGGUUUUCCCACAGACCCCAUACUGAGGCCCAGCGAGGCACUGGUGGUCCACAGGGAUGCACUGUGGGACCCCCUUCUGUAAACAGAGGUUGACCUACCAUUCAGGGCCCAAGUCCCCGGGACCCUGAGGGCCCGCUGCCUCCGGAGACGGCCCCCCAGGGCUGCACGUGGGGGAUAAGCCCGGCUAUUUUCAUCAUUUCCUUCCUCCCACUCAAGUAGCGGCCACCACCGACUGCCUCGCAGAGAGCUGCCACCUCAGCCUCAAGCAGGACAGUUCAGGCCACAGAAAGGGGUGCCGGCUGCAGGCCUCACAAGGAGGCUCAGCUAGGCCUGGGUUGGGCACACUUCACUUCCUGCCGUCUUCACUACCCCAUUUCACAGAGGAGAAGGCUGAGGCCUGAGAAGGGAGCCAGCCUGCCAAUGCCUGCCUGGGGGGCCCUGUUGCUGCUCUGGGCUGCCGCAGAGGCCACCAAGGAGUGCCCUGCAGAGUGCACCUGCCAGGCCCUGGAAACCAUGGGGCUGUGGGUAGACUGCCGGGGGCGGGGACUCACGGCCCUGCCCGCCCUGCCGGCCCACACCCGCCACCUCCUGCUGGCCAAUAACAGCCUUAGCUCCGUGCCCCCUGGCGCCUUCGACCACCUGCCCCAGCUGCAGGUCCUCAACGUGACGCAGAACCCCUGGCACUGCGACUGCAGCCUCACCUACCUGCGUCUCUGGCUGGAGGACCGCACGCCCGAGGCCUUGCUGCACGUCCGCUGCGCCAGCCCCGAGCUCGCCACCGCCCGCCCGCUGGGCCAGCUGACAGGCUUCGAGCUGGGCAGCUGUGGCUGGCGGCUCCGGGCGUCCUGGACCUACCCGGGGCUCUGGUGGGAUGUGCUGCUGGUUGUCGUGGCCACGCUGGGCCUGGCUCUCCUGGCUGGCCUGCUGUGCACUGCUACAGAGAUCCUCGACUGAGCCCCUCCCCAGACCCCGCCAGGCCUGGGCACAGCCCGAGCCACCAGUAACUCAAAAUAAACUGGCUGCUCAACCAUUUUAUCCAA